AUGGCAAAGAAUCCUAAAACGGCCAUAUGGAAAGCGAAACCCAUAAUAAAAGACAGCAUACAAGAUCUCUAUAGCACCAGCUUCCCACCAUGUGUGGCAAUUGCAGACUUAGGUUGCUCUUCAGGGCCCAACACAUUGUUGGUGGUGUCAGAGAUUAUAAAUACCAUCAACAACACAUGCCGCCGCUUGAGUCGUCCAUCGCCAGAAGUCCAAGUGUUCUUAAACGACCUUCCUGGGAAUGACUUCAACACCAUUUUCAGGUCUUUGCCUGCGUUUUAUGACAAACUUAAGAGAGAGAAAGGUCCUGAGUUCAAGGGAUAUUUCAUCGUCGGAACUCCGGGCUCUUUCUACGAGAGACUCUUCCCAACCACAUCUCUGUACUUUGUUCACUCUUCUUAUGGAGUCCAUUGGCUUUCUCAGGUCCCUCCGGGUCUUGACGACAGUGAAACAGGCGUAGCCCUGAACAAAGGGAACAUUUACAUUGUAGAGUCAAGUCCUCCUAAUGUGCUCAAUGCAUACAAGGAGCAGUUCCAAAGGGACUUCUCACUAUUUCUCAAGCUACGUUCCCAAGAGAUGGUUCCCGGAGGACGCAUGGUCCUAACAGUUAUGGGCAGAACAUGUAUUGAUCCGUGGAACAAAGAGAAUUGCACCACUUGGGAGCUAUUGUCAAUGUCACUCAGUGACAUGGUCUUGGAGGGGCUUAUUGAAGAGGCAAAAUUGGAUUCAUUCAAUCUUCCCUAUUACACUCCUUCCACCCAUGAAAUAAAGGACCUAAUCCAGAUGGAAGGAUCAUUUAAGCUCGACCGGAUGGAGAUAUUUAAACUCAGUUGGGACCCCACAUUAACGGAGGAUGAUGGCAUUAAUAAAAAUAAAGACCAGCUGCUUGUUUAUGAUAAAUUCAAAAGCGCACAGAACGUGACAAAGAUGAUAAGAGCAGUGGCCGAACCAAUGAUCCUGAAUCACUUUGGAGAAGAGAUGCUUGAUGAUUUGUUUCAGAGAUACAUGGAGAAGGUUGCCGAGUACCUGGGAAGAGAGGAAAGCAAGUACGUUAAUCUGGUGGUUUCCAUGAUCAAGGAAUAA